AUGAGAACGGCCGGGAUGCCGCGCUCGGAGGGCAAGGACUCCGCCCCCGUCGACUCAGCCAGGGACGCAAGAACCGCAUCGGCGUCCGUGGUCCUCGCGUCGAAAAUGUGGGCGGCGGCGGAGAUCGGGUUCGACGCAGCUCCGGGCCAGCCGAAGCGGAGCGUCCACAUUAUCGACACCGAUGACCCGAUAGCCCAUCUCGAGCGCGAACUGGACGCCCAAAUGGCCCAAACCGCCACCGCAGCCCACAAUGCCCACCGCAUCACCAGGCUGCAGAUUACAGCGUUUCAGCGCCGCGAAGACCGUCAGCCCCGCGCACAUGAGCGGCGCGGUCUCCACAAACGACAACGCCUCCGGCAUCGGCACGACCUGUCUUGCAUCGACGAGGGUGUAUUGCUGGAAGCCGCCAUCGCGCGAGAUGCCGUUGUUGCCGGCCUUAGGGCAGUAAACGGAGUAGCCGGAUUCAUCCUCUGUGUUUACGCAUUCCUUGCAACGACCGCAGGGAUGGUACGCGCGACCUGGCACGCCGACGCGGGUGCCGAUUUGGAGGGUGCUGGAGGCUGGGACGGCGGGGCCGAGGGCGACGACGGUGCCGGCGAACUCGUGGCAGGGGACCAAGGGGAGGGUUUUGCCCAUGGCGCCGGAGGCGUAGACGGCGUCGGUGUGGCAAGGUGGAACGGCGGAGUCGGAUAUCUGGUAAGUGAUCUUACAAGGCUCAAGGCCAUUGACAUAAACAUCCUCGGUGUGGAAGUGGUGAACAGACUGUAG